AUGGCUGAGGCAGGCGAGGGGGGCGAGCUGAUGCCAGGAGGUACCACGUCCAGCCUCUACCUCUUCCCUGGCGCCCUCCAGAACUUAGCACCCUGGUGCCCCGCUCCACUAGCCUCUAUGGGGGUCCGGAGGGCCAGGCCCGACCACGGUGAACAGCCAGGACCGGCGUCUGCAACCUCCAGCGCGCACCCUGCCAGUUCGUGGGGGGAGAUCGCUACACCGUGCCUGCGUGGAGACACCUGGUCGGGGAAGAAAAGAGGACAGCCGGCGAGGGAGUGGUCCGCAGCGGAACAGGACCCUGAAGAAGAGGAAGGAGGGAUAUUGAGACCUCCUCCCUCGUAUGCCCCACCGAUAGCACCCCCAGCGCAACCAGCUCCGGCCCCGCAGGGACGUACACCACAAGCAACGGGAGGGGCGCCAGGAGGGGGAAGCCCAGAGGAACAUAAGGAUUCGAAGGAUGAGGACGAGGAUGAGAGUGAUGAACAAUUUAGAAAGAGGCUCGAGGAACGUAUUAAGAAAGGGAAUAGAUGGUCAAAGCGGGAUGAUGAGAAGUUAAUGAGAGAUGUUGAACCAUGGCGGAAUGAGGCGGAUGUGUCGCUACACUUGCUGACAGCAGCAACGGCAGGACAGAUGAAGCAGCAGAGAGCCUUGCUAAAUGCAUGGGAAAUGGCAAAGAUGCAUGAGGCAAAAGUAGAAAAGCUAGCCCCUCUACGCCGAGUUUAUGACCCACCGGGACCCCCGGGGCCAAACGGGGAGCAAGCACCGCGGACAUAUACCGUCCAACAUGUCCCUUUUACCAGUUCCGAUGUGUGCAACUGGCGCAACCAGAAUCCCUCUUUCGAGGAGAAUCCAGCUAAGAUUAUAAAGCUAUUUGAGGGGAUUUUUAAGACAUAUAAUCCCACUUAUGAUGACGUCCAGUACCUCCUGGACUCACUGCUAACUACAGAAGAAACCAGGAGGGUCCAUGCGGAGGCGAGGAAACAUUUAAGGGAAAAUGGGGUAGGGGAUGACAACCUAGACCAGACAUAUCCAUCCACCACCCCAAAUUGGAACUACCAGGAGGUGGGAGGUCAAAAUGCCCUGAAUACCUAUCGCCAACACGUUCUGACUGGGAUGAGGAGAGCCUCCCGAAAACCCACCAACUUGAUGAAGGUCAGAGAGGUAGUGCAGGGGAAUGAUGAGGCCCCAGGAGCAUACCUAGAGCGCCUGAAGGAGGCUUACCGCCAAUAUACCCCAGUGGACCCAGAUGAUGUUGCUAACGCCCCUAUCAUAAAGGCAGCUUUUGUAGCACAGGCGGCGCCUGAUAUUCGCCGAAAAGUCCAAAAGCACGAUGGGUUCAUGGGGCACCCCCUAGAAUGGAUGUUAGAAAUAGCACAGAACACCUAUAACCAGAGAGAGGAGGAAGCUCAGAAGAAGAAGGAAAAGUAUCAAGCAAAGAAAUUGAUGGCGCUCCAGGCAGGAACCCCAACAAGAGGAGGCACCCAGGGAGGAGGGCGAGCCCGACUAGGUCGAAACCAGUGCGCCAUUUGCAAGCAGGAUGGGCACUGGAAGCGGGAAUGCCCCCAAGCAAACUCUAAAGGAAGGGGCCAAGGAAGAGGGAACUCAAUGAACCCCGCAGCUGAGCCUUGGGUACCCGGGAGAGGAAGAGGUUCCCGUGAGCCCACGGUCAAAAUGAAAACUGGGAACCGAACCUUUUCUUUCCUGAUUGACACGGGAGCUGCCCACUCAGUAUUACCCACAGCUAUAUCCAAACCAACCCAACAAGCAAUCACCAUUGUAGGGGCCACGGGCGAAGCACAAAAGGCACCAUUCCUGCAACCUGUCACAUGCAGACUGGGAGGACACACAGUCCAGCACAAGUUUCUUUACAUCCCCGAGUGCCCCAUUCCACUGUUGGGUCGAGACAUGUUAACCAAAUUACAAGCUCAGAUUGCCUUUUCCCCCAAUGGGAAGAUUGUCAUGAACACUGGUCCUGUGGGAGUACUAUCCCUAGAAGUCCCUUUGAGGGAACACUGGAGGUUAAUGAUGGUAAAAGAAGAGGAGGGCCAGAUCCCAGAAAUAAUUUUGCAAGGAACAAACCCCUGCGUAUUGGCUGAAGGCAAUCCUCCAGGAAUGGCAAGGAACAUCCCCCCUAUUAUUGUGAAACCCAAACCCUUCGCAAACCCCGUGGCAGUAAACCAAUACCCCAUCCCACGAGUAGCUGCAGAAGGAGUAUGGGUCCAUUUAGAGCGGUUACUUCGUCAUGGCAUUCUAAGACAGUGCCAAUCUCAAUGGAAUACCCCACUCUUGCCAGUAAAGAAGGAAGAUGGCGGGUACCGUCCUGUCCAAGACCUUCGAUUAGUUAACCAGGCCGUGGAGACCCUCCACCCGAAUGUGCCAAACCCAUACACUCUGCUCAGCCUUAUACCACCCAUUGCACAGUAUUUUACUGUACUGGACUUGAAAGAUGCGUUCUUUUGCUGCCGCCUAGCGGAAGAAAGCCAGCCCUUGUUUGCCUUUCAAUGGACAGAUCCGGGAACUGGCACCAAAGUACAGUAUACUUGGACCAGGCUUCCCCAAGGUUUCAAGAACUCACCCACCCUUUUUGGGGUAGCCUUGGCAUCAGACUUAGCAAACUUCCCCACCAACCCCACCAGAGUUUUGUUGCAAUACGUAGAUGACCUUUUAUUGGCCUGUUCUGACGAGGACACGUGUCUAAAAGCCACAACGGAGCUGUUAAAUCACUUGGCGGAGGCCGGAUACCGUGUCUCAAAGAAAAAGGCCCAAAUCUGCCAGCCUACCGUUAAGUAUUUGGGGUUUGAUAUAUCCCACCGGCAACGCAAGCUAAGGGAUGAAAGGAAGCAGGCCAUACUUCAAAUACUCGAACCUAAGAACCGCCGGGAACUCCGCGGAUUUUUGGGAUCUGCAGGGUUUUGCAGAAUAUGGAUACCUAAUUAUAGUAGCAUUGCUCGGCCCUUGCAUGAAUCCACAAGAGGAACAGAGAAAGACCCAUUUGUAUGGGGACCUGAACAACAGCAGGCCUUCCAGGAUCUUAAAGCUGCAUUACAGCAGGCCCCAGCACUCGGCAUCCCCAACCCUGAGAAGCCUUUCACCUUGUAUACAGAUGAGGAUCAGGGGAUAGCCAAGGGAGUGUUGUGUCAAAGACUGGGAAGCUGGCAGCAGCCCGUCGCAUAUUUAUCAGAGCGACUGACCCCAACGGAACAGGGAUUGCCCCCUUGCAUGAGGGCAGUAGUAGCCGUGGCUACCCUGCUGGAAAAGGCAGACAAGUUCACAUUUGGACAAGAUACCAUUUGUGUGACACCCCAUGCAGUCCCAGCUCUGCUUGAUAUGAAAGGCACUUAUUUUCUGUCUCAAGCAAAGAUGAGGAAGUGUCAGGUGCUGCUAUUGAAUCCACGCUUAAAGUUCCAAGUUACUGCAGCUCUCAACCCAGCAACCUUACUACCGGUUGGAGAAGGUGAAGAGCCAACCCACGAUUGUGUGGAAGUCAUGGAUGAAGUGUACUCUAGCAGACCUGACUUGAAGGACAAGGCCAACCCUCACUGGUCCACCUGGUUUGUGGAUGGAAGUAGCUUUGUGGAAAAUGGCCAGCGAAAAGCAGGAUACGCCGUAGUAGCCCUAGAAGACCAGGUUAUUGAGGCGAAGCCCCUUUCUCCUGGUACCUCAGCGCAACUCGCAGAAAUAACAGCACUCACUAGGGCCUUGUGCCUAGCAGAAGGGAAAAAGAUCAACAUAUAUACGGACUCCAAGUACGCUUUUCUGACUUUGCAUGCCCAUGGGGCGCUGUGGAAAGAGAGAGGACUACUUACCUCCAAGGGAAGUCUGGUAGCACACCCCCAAGCGCUCCUGGACCUUUUGGAUGCAGUCUGGAAGCCGGAAGCAGUGGCAGUAGUACAUUGUUAUGGGCACAAGACUGGACCGGGCGAAGAAGCCAGAGGCAACCGAUUGGCAGACAAGGUAGCGAAAGAGGCAGCUCGAGAAUCACCUCCAGCACCGUUUAUUGGAGCCCUGGUCCCUGAAGCACUUCUGGACACUGCAGCAAAGCCCCGUUAUUCCGAUGCAGAGAAAGCUUCAGCUAAAGAGGAAGGAUUGCAAGCUUCUACAGAAGGCUGGUACCUCACCCCUGAUGACCGGAUAUGGGUACCAACUUCCCUGUCUCGUCAGAUCGUCCAGCGGUGGACCCAGGCUCGCACGCCUUGUGUUUUAACCGAGCCCCUGCAUCAGUUUGAGCCAGGCGACGAGGUGUGGAUCAAGGACUGGGCCCAGGCACCCUUGCAACCGUGCUGGAAAGGCCCGCAUACUGUGCUGAUAUCCACCCCCACCGCUGUUAAAGUCGCAGGCAUCACCCCGUGGGUCCACCACACCCGUGUUAAGAAGGUUCUGCCUAAUUGGACAGCUACACCGAAUCCUGACUAUCCUCUGAAGCUGACCAUCUCCAGAAAGGCACCGGACGACCGCCCUGCUGAUACCACUCCGGACGCUGGUAAAUACCCGUUUUGUAACCGCACCUACAACUACGUUAAUACCACAGCAGCCUGGAACCAUUCAGCCCCUUGCGCCAAGGCACCCCGUGAGGUGCAGGCCCUAUGUAAUGACUAUGAGGCCGCCUACAGAGGUGUUUGCAACAAAUGGUACACCGCGUUACAUCUCAGCUCCUUGGUCCAAAGGUGA